AUGCUCUUAGUUGCCAGCAGAAUGAAAGUGAGCAAUCUUUUAAGUGCUAAUGUAUGGCAGUUGGAAAUUUUAACCAGUACAAUUUCAGAGCGAACAGAAACAGAAUCAUUUCUAGGUACCUAUGUCUUUCCACUAACAAAGAGACUCAAAAAUAAACGUCCUUCUAUAAGACAUAAUAACAUUUCUGAAGAAAAAGGUCUUUAUGCCAAUGUGUUGGAAUAUUUAUAUCAUGCGAAACAAAAUGCUCUUAAGGUAUACAUGAAUUCAUUUUAUGGUAUAGCUGAAGAUAGUAAGUUCCCUUUCUUCUUGCGUGAACUUGCUGGAGGUGUCACAUUUACCAGGCAGAGAAAUAUUAAACUUGUUGCAGAUUUCGAAUGCGAUAAGGCAUAUGACAGUGGUAAUAGGAUCUCAAAAGAAGAAUAUUGGUCUAAAAUGGUAGAAAUCUCUGUGAAAGUAAUUGAAAAACUUCGUGAUGAUGUCAAUGACUUUCUCAGAAAAGAUAACGGUUCCCUUUAUCUCAAAAUGGCAUAUAAAGAAGUUUUAUUCCUUGUAACAUUUACUGGAAAGAAGAAAUACUACGGUAUUCUGCAUGUAAAAGGGCCGAAUUUUAAUAACAAGCUUUUCAUUCAGGUUGUAGAGGAUGUGCUCAAAGAGACUGUAAGGGAUAUUUCACAGACAGAUCUUAAUGAAAUAAUAAAAACUGCUAUAGACAUACCCAUGAAGAGGCAUGCCAAACAGCUCAUAAAAAAGGGCCUAACAUCCAAGCCUUAUCUUUAUGAAAUCCCAGAAUCAGAUGAGCAGUUUGAAUAUGUUGUGGUUGAGAAUGAUUUAUUACAGAAGGUAGAUGACAAAAUGGAAUACCCAGAAGUGACACCAGCCAUCAUCCGAAAUUGUGCUGGAAACCUUAAAAAAGCUAAAAGAUGGUAA